AGUGCCUGACUGUGGACCCUGGAAGGGAGAAAAGAGCACCGGAAAAAUGCAAAAGAAAUUAAAAACGGAAAUGGUGGAAGACUUGGGGGCGAGUAGACUCUAUCGGGCGCCGGGUGAAUCAAGUCACCAGCAGCCUCAGAGGUGGUUCAACGCGGCAGACAUCACAGUGGCUCACCAGAGCAGCCUGCUGAAGCAGCUGAACCAGCAGCGCCGCCAGGAGCUCUUCUGCGACUGCAACCUGCUGGUGGAGGGUCAGCUCUUCAGGGCCCACCGCAACGUCCUGUUUGCCAGCAGUGGAUACUUCCGCAUGCUGCUGUCCCAGGGGCCGGACGGGCUGGCUGACUCCGUUGAUGCCACUUUCGACGUCUUCAGCCCCGAGACCUUCACCGUCAUCCUGGAUUUCAUCUACUCUGGCCAGCUGGACCUCUCAAGCCACAACGUGAUCGAGGUGAUGUCAGCAGCAAGCUACUUACAGAUGAACAAUGUCAUCAACUUCUGCAAGAACUUCAUCAAAUCCUCCUUGGAGAUCAGUGUGAAGGAUGAAGACAGUGAGCGCUGCCUCAGCGUGUCUGAGACCUGCAGUUUCACCAGUGUAGCAGGGGAUGAGACAUUAGAGCAGCAGCAGCAGCAAGGCCCCAUCUCUGUCAGCCCACCCCCUGCGCUCUGGACCCGGGACAACUCCACAUCACAAUCUAGCUUUAUAGGAAAAGACUUAGACCAGGAGUCAUCGGCCUCAGUGAUGAAGACUAACCCGAGCAGCCCUGCUGAUGAUCUCCAUGCAGAGUCAGAGGACCUGCAUGACCCUCAGGAUCCUCUGUACACCCUGCCUGGAUCAGAGCGCCGGAGAGGUAAAGGGGGGACUAAGAGGAAAGGGUCCAACAGCAAUCGCUCCAACCAACCUGAGGACCUAGACCUGCAGGAGGCCAGGACACAAAAGGCUGAGAAGGCAGAGGAGCUUUAUGCUACUCUGCCACCUAUUGUGGGUGUAAUUGGACACUUCAAUAGAGACUCAAACCCCAUUAUGCGCUUCAAAUGUCCCUUCUGCACACACACGGUGAAGAGGAAGGCAGACCUGAAGCGACACCUGCGCUGCCACACUGGAGAGAGGCCGUACCCCUGUCAGGCCUGCAAUAAACGCUUCACUCGCCUGGAGCAUCUUCGGAGCCAUUUCGAGACGAUCCAUCAAGCCAGGAAGCUGGUUUGCAGGAAGUGUAAGUGUCAGGUGACGGAGGACACUGGGCAUGUGGUGUGUGAGGGCUCACGACGAUACCGCAUGUGCACCGCGUGCAUCCAGGAAGUGGAUUGUGAUGACAUCCCCAUGGACAGUCUAGAUGGCGCCAAUGAGGAGCCGGCACUAUUGUUGGGAGUAGACGGGGAGGAGGAGGGGGACAGCAAGAGGAGCUGGAUGGUAACUGAUGACGAUGACCUGGCUGAAGACUCGGGGGCCGACCUCAUCAUCCAACAAGUGGACGACAGUGACGAGGAGCUGGAGUGAAAUAUAACCAAAGUGUGUGUGUGUGUGUGUGUGUGUGUGUGUGUGUGUGUGUGUGUGUGUGUGUGUGUG